GGUCCCAAGAGGAGAUGGAAAAAAUCAUCCAAUUACAAUACACACAAGCGGGUCAAAGCGGAAGAGGGCACCUGACUGCAGGGGAGCAAAAACAGUUUAAAGGCAGAGGGCUAACAAAAAAUAGAGCAGUGGAUUGUGCAGCUACAAUGGAUCAAGCUGAUCAUCAACCCAAGAACCGAUUCAAGAGACCAAUUGAAGAAGACUUUGUUGACAACAGCAGUGAAAGUGAUGACGAAUCAAUAAGAGCUGAACAGGAAAAAGUUGAAAAAAUAAUCUUAAACCUUGGGAAGAAGCCACUCUCCAACAUACCUGCUCCUACAGCCACCAUAACUACUGGUCAAAUGGAGAAAAGACUACUUAAUCUGGAGCGGGAAGUACAACAAAUCAAAGCAUCACUGGAGCAUGUAAAAAAAGAACUCAGGACCAGCAGCGCCGUGCCAGCUGGGACAUGUUCCCCAAACAGUACUCCAUCUGGUUCAAAACCUCAUGAGAACAAGACUUUGACUCCUACAGCUGUCAGUAAGCCAGAAAUUUGGCAUAAUGGAAUUAACCUCCUAAAUGUUAAGGCACCACCUAAAGAGCCCCAGAAGUGUGCUCUGCACCUUCUUGACAAGUUGUUCACCAAAAAAGAACUUUCUGAGGGGAUCUUGUUCCAAUCAAAAAGAUCUCUCAAGCCACCUCUAGAUGAGGCUAGAGUGUCAAAAAUGUUUGAUGUUCUCAAUGCACAAUACACAGCUGAGAAAAUACAAAAGUACAGGCAGGCCAUAAUCGAUGCAUGCAAUCAAAAGUGCAGGGACGUGGCAAGGAAGGAAGCUGGAUCAGCAUUGAAAUGCACCAAUGACACUGACAACAGUCGACAAUAAAGGGCCUUUAAAAUUUGAAGCCCAAAUGUUAUUUUAAACAAAACAUUUCACAUUUCUUGUCUUAAAUUCUCAGUGAAUUUGUCAAUUUUAAACUUUACUCAACAAAAAGAGUGCAGAGCAGUUUUGCAGUGCAGCCACUUGGUUAAGGGCAUUUGUUAAGGUUUCAAAACUAUAAAUGCAACAUAUAACAAGAUAUUGCCCAAAGGAUAGCUUAGCUUUUCAUUCUUGGAUUUGGCUGAUAGUGGAAAAAUGCUUAUUAUGACCAGCCCAUUGCAUUUUAAGACAUUUGAAUAUUGUAUGUUAGUUUUCAGAUUUUAAUAAUGUGAUCAGCAUUUCAAAUCCAUUCAAGAGCUGCUUCACAACUGGAACUGAUCGAGUUAUAUUAGAGAGUUUGAUCAAUAAAGAUAACAGUGUAUUAAGGAAACUAAGUGAACUUGUGUGUGACAUUAACUGCUUUAUCUUGCAACUCUCACUUAAACCACCAUGAAUACAGGAUUUGUUUACGCAAUUAAGAUUGACCAUUGAUUGUAUUCAAUUCUGGACGUAAGAUGUGAUAAUCUAUUGUACCUCUUGAUAGUUAAAUAUCAAUUAAACUUCU